CUAGGCAGGGAGUUGACCUCCAAUGUCUGGAGGUACAACAUUUUGAAACCUGAGUAUAAAUUAGAGAAAGUGCUGAAGAAACAGAAGUAGUUGCUUCAGGCAGUGGGAGAGCAGUCAAAGCUUUACAACAAGGGUCUUUUAGGAUUCAAUAAUCCUUUCAAUAAUCCAACUUCUGCUAGCUGACUACAUGGAGAAUAAUUGCUUUAAUAUGACUCCACUCGGUCCCGACGCUCACAACACGUUGGGUACAGUGUGUAUUUUUGGUACUGGUGACUUUGGCCGGUCACUGGGGUUGAGAUUGCUGCAAGCUGGCUAUUCAGUAGUAUUUGGGAGUCGAAAUCCCCAGAACUCAAGCCUGCUUCCCAAAGGAGCACAGGUGCUUAGCCAUUUGGAAGCUGCACAGACUUCCAGGAUCAUUUUCAUAGCAGUGCACCGAGAAAACUAUGAUUUCCUGUCAGCAUUUUCCCAAGAACUGUCAGGUAAAGUGCUGGUGGACAUCAGCAAUAACCUCAGGAAGAACCAGUACCCAGAAUCCAAUGCAGAGUACCUGGCCAAGCUGCUACCUCAAGCCAAUGUGGUGAAGGCCUUUAAUACAGUCUCUGCAUGGGCACUGCAGUCCGGUAGCCUGGACGCAAGCAGGCAGGUUUUUGUUUGUGGAGACAAUUGUGAAUCAAAGCAAAUGGUCAUGGACAUUGCACGGAGUCUCGGGCUCACAGCUCUAGACCAAGGGUCUCUUCUGGCCGCCAAGGAACUAGAAAACUACCCCCUGCAGCUCUUUCCUCUGUGGAGACUUCCCAUGUACAUUGCCACGGGGCUGACUGCAGCUUUAUUUAUCUACUGUGUGCUCACCGAAAUAGUCUACACCUUUGUCACUGAGGGAAAAGAUAAUUCUUUCAUGAUCGUGGUUUCUAUUGCCAACCGUGUUUUCCCAAUUGUGUCUCUGAUUAUGCUGGCUUUGUGCUACCUGCCAGGUGUGAUUGCAGCUAUCUUGCAGCUUUACAAUGGCACAAAAUAUAAGCGUUUCCCUGACUGGCUAGACAAGUGGAUGCUCUGCAGAAAGCAGCUCGGGCUGGUGGCCUUGGCUUUGGCUUUCCUUCAUGUCCUGUACUCAUUGGUAAUUCCACUAAGAUACUAUGCUAGUCACUACAGAUACAUUUACACAAUUUCCCAGCUCAAGGAUAACAAGUCACUGAUGUUUGACAAUAGCAUGGCCUGGCGUAAUGAUUCAUUCUAUUCCCUGGGGAUUCUGGGAUUCGGUCUCUAUGUACUAUUGGGAAUAACAUCUCUUCCUUCAGUCAGUAACAUGGUCAACUGGAGGGAAUUUCGCUUCGUUCAGUCCAAACUUGGCCACAUCACUCUCCUGCUGUGUACAGCUCAUACUCUUGUCUAUGAAUGGAACGCAUUCCUGUAUGCGUCUAGCUACAGAUGGUAUCUCCCCCCUGCCACUGUGCUUUCACUCAUUGUUCCCUGCAUUGUGUUGGUCCUCAAGCUCAUCCUAAUUACGCCAUGUGUGGACACAGUCAUCACAAGGAUCAGACAAGGCUGGGAAAGGAAGUCGGCAUAUGCUCCACACGAUACAAGUGGGCAACCCCUUGCUUCAUAAAUGCAUGAUAUCUGCCCUGUUACCAAUGCCAUGUGGAAGUAUUGUCACGAAUUUGUACUUUCUAACUUUUUCUCUGACUGAAGCACAUGUUUAGAAGCACCAUGGAAACCACAACCUUUAUGGAUCCGUUGUCAAUGCCAGUUUUAAAAUACUGUUACUCUAUUAAGUGUAAGAAGCUGGAUGAAACAUUUGUGUUCUCUACUUCUAUUUAAUGCAAUUUGUGUAACUUUUCAGUAAUGCACUUCUGACGUUUUUUAAUUCUGUAAAGUUAUUUCUGAUAGUCAUCAAUAUGAAUUGUUCUCAAGUGAGUACAAAAAAGAGUGAAAAAAUAACUAUUAAUUUUAACACUGCAGCUAUUUGUAAAGCGUAUAAUUAAAAUGAAUGUCUACAGAGUAUAAUUAGUCAUGGAUACAUAUAAAUAGGAAAUAACUCAAGCUUCUGGCUUUCAAUAUUUAUCUCAUACAGUACAUUAGUACACAAUCCAUCAUGUACGUCACCAUGUGCCUGCAAAGAAAAUACUCUUAGUGGUUUGGAGAACAUAAUUUGCAUCAAUACAUUUUAGUAUUUUUUACUGUUUAAUGUGUUACAUGUAUGUGAAAGGCAAACACAUUUUAUUUACACUUAUUCAUUUACAUUACAUUUAUAGUAUAUUAUUCUGAAAUGUUUAUUAUUUGCAGCAUUUGUUGCACGUUUAAAUAAGGAGACGGUAGUCCACUUCUGUGACAACAUAUUUUUUAGGGUUUUUCCCUGUAAAUAAACACAAGUUUUACUUUGUAUUUAAUCUUGUCGCAUCGAGAUUCCUUUAUGUUUUUAAGCCACCUAUCCCACACAUUACUCUUUAUGAUUUAUAUCCUUUCUAACAUAACCCAUAAAUAAUGAUAUCGAGGUUACUGGGUGGUGCUUCUUGGUUAUUUAUUUUAUGCCACUCUCUUUAUAUUUUAUAUUAGUAUAGACAUAUAGCAAUAGACCACAUUCAUGAAGUAUUUACAUUUGUUUUUAUAUUUUCGUAUAUUUUCAAAUAUAAUAUUAGAUGGCAGAGUUUAAGAUGAAAAUCUCUUGGGGUCCAAUUCCCUCUACAUGUUGAACCACCCACAAACAGCACAACCAGCCUUGCAAGUUAUUUGCCAUAAGGCAAUGCAUCCAGAUUGAUUAACAUGCUGUUCUUGCAGUUUGAGGCUCAACAACAAUUUCUUUAGACAGUUUGUGUUUCAAGAAACUACAUUUUAAGAUUUAUAACGUGCAGAUGAACUCAGCAGGGGCAACAUUUCAGAUAUCAAUGGCGGGGGGGGAGGACUUUAAUAUUAAAAGUUGAAUGUGUAUUUGCUGGUGCACUGAUGAGUCCUGCUAGUUGUACUACUUUGAGCUGUGUGUGCAUCUUUUUACAUUGCUUUUGAACACAAACGAUAAUAGACCAAUCACCGCUGACUGUCACAACAGGAGCAGGAUAUUUGAUAAAUCGCACGGUUGCAAUCUCACACAUGUUGGUUACUAGUUGGAAUGCAUUAGAAGCUUGUAUAGAGUAGAACGGUUAUUGAAAAUGUCACAAAAAAGAAUAUCAGAUUUGUUUGAAAAACUCUCAGCGGUACCACAUGUUAAAAUCAGCUCGUCACAAAUGCUGCUAACUGAGGGUGCUGCUUUGUGGAGCAUUACUAAAAACACACAGUGACAUUCUGGACGUGUUAGAUCUCCAGGCCCUCGUGAAAAAAGUUAUCAACAUGACACCGUUCAACCUUGGAGCCUUCUGACUGUCUACAACUACUGAAAAUUAAAUACAACUGUUCGGCCUGUUUUUUAAAUUGCAGUAUUUAAGUGGAUCGUAACAGUAUACGCUACUUUUUGAUUUGUUUGCUCUACAUGUUUCAUGGUAAGCAUGUUGUAAACAUUGCAGCAAGGACUGUGGUUAAAGAUGUUUUUACUUAAAUAGAUAAACAGGUGUUGAUGCUGCUUCGUUUUAUUAAUGUGUUUUAACAUAAUAGCAACCGAAUAAACUAGAGCAUGCAAGCCUUUUCCUGCUGGUGAUAGGUGGAAGCUUCAUUAGUGGAUUGUGGGAUUAGGAGCCACGGGCUAUUGCUCCCAAUGCCCUGUCUAAAUGGUGCUCUUGAAACUCAGAAAGAAGUGAAGGCGAUUAUGGUUAAUGGCCAUGAUUGUUCAGUUUGCUCUUUUUUUGGGUUUGUUUGUUUGUUUUAACAGACCGAAGCAGAAGUGCUCAUUUAUUUACUAGUACUGUUUUUUCCCUGACAUUUUUAGACAUUCAAUAAUUCAUUUUACAACAGAACUGAAAAAUAUUUUCAUUUAUGUUUACCUCGUUUUAUACUUUUGUACCAUUUUAGGCCACAACAGUUGCUAAUUGUUUAAAUAUAGAUUUAGCAUAUUGAUGCAUGUUUGUUCCAAGGCUAGUUUGUUACAACGGGGCAAAGCCUUUUACUCAAAAGAGUAAAUUACUUCAGGAGAAAAACAUAUUUCUCAUUAUAUCUAAUUGUGUAACCUGGUUUGUAGUCAUUUUGACUGUGGAGUAAUUUCUGAGUUAUAUAAUGAAAACUGUGUGAUACCAUUUUUAUCGAAUUCUGUAUAUAUGUGGGGGGAGAAAUUACAACCAUUUUAUCACAAAUAAAUAUGUUUUUCAACUUUA